AUGGGUGCUACAGAGCCUCAAGAUGAGUUGACGCGUCGUCGUGAGCGAGGCAGACGCUCACAGGCAGCUUUUCGCAAGCGACAGGCCCAGUCAAACAAUGCGCUGGCAGAUCAAAAUGCGCGUUUGAAGCAGGGCAUUCAAAGACUACUUGAUGCAGCUCAAGGAGAUGAGCGACCAGAAAUGCUUGACAUUUUUCGUGAGCUUGCAGUUGCUGCUGAUAUCGAAGCUCCACCAAGAGUCUCCCAGAUGGAGAGAGCCUGUUCUAGCACUGGGGUUUCAAAUAGCGAUAUUACCACUACAGACGUAAAUAGCUUCCAGGGCUUGUUCAGCAACAUUUCCCUGCCAAUGAUCCCCUCGCAACCAACCCAGUAUCGUCUGGAGUGUAGCAUGUGGCUAGACCCAUUGCAUUACCUUCGCGUCUCGUUACCGCCUCAAGACAUCUUACCAUACCUCGGGGCCGGUGCUGAGACAUUCGCAGGCCUUCUAUUCUGGUCGGUCAUGGAGCAUUACCAGACAGUAUGCACGCAACACAACGCCAAAACAGUCAUCCAAAAAGGCCUGAAACAUUCAAAAGCUACGCAGGAUAUCAAGCCGUCGUUCAUCGAAACCAUGGCAAAAGCAAGAGUUGAGUAUAAACAAACGGGCUCCAUCAGCCAAGCACAUGCCGUCGCCGCUGAAAAGGAUCUGGGACUUGUGCUGUGCAAUCUAAUCGAAACAGAGUAUCGCUCCACAGGCAAGGAUCCAGAUCAGUGGCUAUCGUGUAUUGGGAUUGAGAAACGGCUAAGGAAGACAGUGAGCCACGAUGAGUUAGAGGAUAUGAGAAAUGCUGCACUUGGACGAGAGAACACAAUCUUGCACCAUCGACUAGAAGAUGUCAAGUGUAGGCUGUAUGAUAGCUGUGUCUGUUUUGGGGAUGGUCCUCGAUGGGACGUAAAGACUGUUGAUGAGCUAUUCGCUCCUUUUAUAAGAUGCAGAGGAGAAGCUAACAUGUUCAAAAGAAAGGAGGCACUUUGCUGUGACCACUCUUGA